AUGCCACAGCCACAAACAAGGAAUAACAUCAUGCCAGGUCCCCGCUCCAAUCAACUCAGAGAAUCUGCAGUUUAUCUCUGGAUGGACCAGAUUGGCCCUCAGUUCGAGCAGGCUGUAUUGCGACAUCAAGUACAAAACUUCCUCUGUAACACGUAUCACACCUGGUUUGAUAUGUGGCCUGAAGACCCCCAAAACCGUCUCUCAGGCGAGUUUAGACUUGCUAGAUUCGAGAUGCGCAAGAUUCUACACGUUAUGGAUUUGGGAGAAUGUUGGGUCGUACAUGGUCUUAUACCCAAGCCAUACAGUGGUCACGAGUGGGAAAGCAUACUCGAUGAUUUAGUGGUCAUGGCGGAUCAGGCUUGGGGCCAGCGAUAUAUUAAUGCUCUCCGGGCACACCGGAUGAAGAGGAUGCGAUGUUACCCUUUCUCUCUGAGUAUUGGACCAGUUGCCAGCAAGGAGGUCAAGCCUUGGAAAGACAUGCGCCAACAUUUGUGGGAAGCUUGGAUGGCCAAGUUUCCUAUCAAUUUUAUUGCCUUGACCGGACGCUACUCUACCAAGGUGGAUGAGAGCGACUGUCAUCAGAGGAAGCUUCGGUGCAUUGAGGCAUAUCUCCUUCGAUUUGGUUCAUUCACCGGUGGCCACAGGUUGGAUAUUCUGUGCCAGGCUGCUAUUUUUGUAGAUGCACAGUCGCAGAGCAUGGAUUUGUCAUCUGAGGAGGUUCCACCACAACAAACGCAAAUCACCAUGCCUCCUAUCUUCAUCCCCUGUCAUAGCCCAUGUCUGUUAGCUCAUUGCUACACCCAAAAUUCCCCCUCGCACUCUCAUCGUCAGACCGAACACCCCAUCACUCCCUCACCGUCCCCCCCCAAGGCCGCGUUGCAUACAAGUGCCAUAUUCCAGACUCCGAAAACCCCCUUGCGCACGUAUGCUAACCAUGCACGUCACAGGGGCACCAAUCUGAAGUAUCCUGCUGAGGGCUCUCAGAUGUUCCUGUCAUACCCUGUCAGGAAAACCAAGAUUUCGUCGAUGCAUCCACGCGGUGGAUAA